CAGACGGCAGACUUUAGACUUUUUUUCCAAGGAACAACGAAAGAAGCCAAGCACAGAGCUAGAGAGAGAGAGAGAGAGGCGAUGAAGCUAGUUUGGUCUCCAGAAACUGCGUCCAAAGCUUACAUCGACACCAUCAAAUCCUGCGAAGCUCCGCUAGAAUCCGGAGUUGCAGAGCUCGUCGCCGCCAUGGCUGCGGGUUGGAACGCGCGGCUCGUCGUCGAGACCUGGUCGAGGGGCGGCAUCAUCGCCACAAGCGUCGGCCUAGCAGUAGCCUCCCACCACACGGGCGGGCGGCACGUGUGCGUGGUCCCCGACGAGGCGUCGCGGUCGGAGUACCUCGACGCGAUCAAAGCUGCCAGCGCGGCACCGCCGGAGGUGAUCAUCGGGGAGCCGGAAUCGGUGAUGGAGGAGCUCGAAGGGAUCGACUUCAUGGUCGUCGACUGUCGGCGAAGCGAUCACUCCAAGGUGCUGAGGACGGCCAAGUUGAGCAGUCGCGGGGCGGUCCUGGUGUGCAAGAACGCGGCGAGCUCCGGAGCGGGCGCCACCCCGUCGCGAUGGCGGAGCGUGGUGGAGGGAGGAUCGCGGCGGCUGGUGCGGUCGGCCUUCCUGCCGGUGGGGAAGGGCCUGGACAUCGCGCACGUGGCGAGCACCGGCGGUGGGAAGGGUCGGAGAAGGUGGAUCAAGCACUGGGAUCAACGUUCGGGGGAGGAGAUUGUUAUACGAAGAUAGUCUUCUUUUCUUCAUCUUUCCCCCUUUGCUGCUGCAUCUUUUGUAUCAGAUUUUGUUCUUCGUCAGAGCGAAAAGAAGAGCCAAAUGUGGAAAAAAUGGUACAGGAUCAUACAUUUUGGAACAUCGAAAAUUGAACCGCAAAAAAACAUUCUUAUUCGCUAUUUGGGACAAAACAUUUUUUGUCGGAUAAUAAACCAACAUAGCAUGAUCACUAUUG